UGGCGGGACACGACCUAUCUAGGUGACACUCUAGGUAGAGAGCUCGAUCCUACGACAAAUGUGGAGUUGAUCAGAGAUCUGCACAUCCAUCAACAACGAUUGUUGAUAGAGGCCGUCCCUCUUCAUACCAUAAAUCAACUGCAGCCCCUCGAGGACAUCUGUAUUGCUCCGACAAACUUCCACUCUCCGCCUGCUCGUAUCAGUGACCAUGACGAGUGAUGAUCAGCAUUUCUUAGAUGUCCUGGCAGCAUACACUAGCGAUAUCAGAAAAUUCACAGGAGAUGUCUUCGACUCCACCGAUCGACAUUUCGCCUGGGUUGCUUCUCAUGUCAAAAAGAGCCUCCCCCAAGGAUGGCUUCCUGAAAGCGCCCGUCCUCCGCCUCCACCACCUCCCCCACACCAACUCACUGGUGUAUACCUCGCUCGCCUACAAGACUGGAUUUCUCGGCAUCAAGCGCUGACCGCAGCAUUUGUUGCUUUCUUCGCAACAGGAGGAUUGCUAUUGUGGAGGGAGAAAAAGAACCAUAACAGGAAGCGGCGCGCAAGGAGGGCAAGUAAUGGAGCUCGGAAGGAAGUCAUAGUGAUCGCUGGCCCUCCAAACUCGCCUAUUGUUAAAUCAAUGUCCCUAGAUCUCGAGCGUCGAGGCUUCAUCGUAUACAUUGUCUGUGCAGAUAUGGAGGAGGAACAACAGGUACACAACGAAUCGAGGGCGGAUGUUAGACCGUUGCAUUUGGAUGUGGUCGAUGUUUUGGGAACGAAAGAUGCCAUGGACCGUUUCAACGACCUCUUACUUCGACCCCAUGUGGCGUUCUCCGGCGCAUCUCCCCACAACCUUCACUUCCGCGGUCUGAUCCUUGUUCCUGACCUCAUAUAUCCCUCUGGGCCCGUAGAAACCGUCUCACCUGAGCUUUGGUCCGAUGCUUUGAAUGCCAAAGUGCUCCAUACGGUCGCCAUCGCCCAGGCGUUUCUACCAACAAUCUGUAGUUUCAAAGCGCGCGUACUCAUGCUAACACCAAGUAUCGUCUCGGCACUUCGGCCUCCAUUCCACAGUGUGGAAACUGCGGUGGUCAGCGCGCUGGAAGGGUUCACAGCAUCUCUAGGAUCCGAGCUCGGCACCCUGGGCAUUGAUGUUUGUCAGUUCAAGUUGGGGACCUUUGACUGUAGUAAUGUUGGUGCAAAGCAGCAGCUGCAACCAAGAGGUUCUCCAAACAUUUACGCCUGGCCGUCUGCUGCGCGGCAAUCAUAUGCCUCCAAUUAUGUCAACCAGAGUCGUGUGGCUCAGAGCAGAGGACUGUUCGGACAAUCAGGAUCCACGGGGAGCUCAUUGCGAGAACUGAACAACGCAGUCUUUGAUGCGCUCACUCAGAAAAAGCCGAGACGAACAUGGCGGGUAGGUCGUGGAAGUGUGGCCUACGACAUGGUGGGCAAGUGGGUUCCAUCUGGCCUCGUCGGCUGGAUGCUGGGAGUGCGAAGGGUAUCCCUGGAGCAGGUUUCGGAGCCCAAAUUGGAAGACAGCGUCCAGUCUUGGGAGCAUGUGGGAGAGGCAGUUUGAGGGGUUCGUUUUGCGAUUUGGAAUUUUCGACGUUUCAACUCCACUCUUCACUGAUCACGCGUAUUGGUCGGAAACACUCGACACCGAGGCAGACUUACAGAAAACUUAAUGGCCGUCUUUACCUCGCAAACACGCCGUUUGAAACCGUUUCUCUCACCACUCAUAUAUUUAUCAACUAUCAACUAUCAACUAUCUCGGGACGGUAUAGUUCGGUCCGAAGCGUCAACCGCGGCACACCGAAACCGCAAUUUCCCACCCCAUAUAUAAAUGGCCAGGGUGACGACUCGACCUCGACAAGGGAACGUAAAAUGACUAAUUUACCCCAGCAUGUGUUCAAAUUUCAACUCGACGUCUUGUGUCCUGGCAGACGGGAACGGGACGGGUAAAGCAAAGGAGUCAAAUCUUACAGAAAUACGACCAGACUGUUGCCUUUGACGAAAGUUCAGCUCAAGGACGAACUG